CGCAGGGCGCAGCGGCAGAGCCAGGAGCCAGCGCAGCCUCGUCUCCGCAGCCUCGUCCCCGCCGCCGCCGCCCCCGGGGCAUGGCCUGUCUGAUGGCCGCUUUCUCGGUCGGCACAGCCAUGAAUGCCAGCAGUUACUCCGCAGCGAUGACGGAGCCCAAGUCUGUGUGCGUCUCUGUAGACGAGGUGGUCUCCAGCAACGUGGACGACGCUGAGACCGACCUUCUGAACGGGCAUCUGAAGAAGGUGGACAACAAUCUCACCGAGGCCCAGCGCUUUUCCUCCCUGCCCCGGAGAGCAGCUGUGAACAUCGAAUUCAAAGACCUUUCCUACUCUGUUCCCGAAGGACCCUGGUGGAGGAAGAAAGGAUACAAGACCCUUCUGAAAGGCAUCUCUGGGAAGUUCAACAGUGGAGAGUUGGUGGCCAUCAUGGGGCCCUCUGGGGCUGGGAAAUCCACGCUCAUGAACAUUCUGGCUGGAUACAGGGAGACCGGCAUGAAGGGGGCAGUCCUCAUCAACGGCAUGCCCCGUGACCUGCGCUGCUUCCGGAAGGUGUCCUGUUACAUCAUGCAGGAUGACAUGCUGCUGCCACACCUCACCGUGCAGGAGGCCAUGAUGGUGUCAGCACAUCUGAAGCUACAGGAGAAGGAUGAAGGCAGAAGGGAGAUGGUCAAGGAGAUCCUGACGGCACUUGGCUUGCUGUCUUGCGCCAACACCCGGACGGGGAGCCUAUCGGGCGGCCAGCGGAAGCGCCUGGCCAUCGCACUGGAGCUGGUCAACAACCCUCCAGUCAUGUUCUUUGAUGAGCCCACCAGCGGCCUGGACAGUGCCUCCUGCUUCCAGGUGGUGUCCCUGAUGAAGGGGCUGGCCCAGGGAGGCCGGUCCAUCGUCUGCACCAUCCACCAGCCCAGCGCCAAGCUCUUUGAGCUCUUCGACCAGCUUUACGUCCUCAGUCAAGGACAAUGUGUGUACCGGGGGAAGGUCUCCAACCUGGUGCCGUACUUGAGGGGUUUGGGCCUGAGCUGCCCUACCUACCACAACCCAGCAGAUUUUGUCAUGGAGGUGGCUUCGGGCGAGUACGGCGAUCAGAACGGCCGCCUGGUGAGAGCAGUGCGGGAGGGCCUGUGCGACUCCGACUACAAGAGAGACCUCGCGGGGGACGCCGAGGUGAACCCCUUCCUCUGGCACCGGCCCCCCGAAGAGGAUUCUGCCUCCAUGGAGGGCUGCCACAGCUUCUCCGCCAGCUGCCUCACCCAGUUCUGCAUCCUCUUCAGAAGGACCUUCCUCAGCAUCAUGAGGGACUCGGUCCUGACGCACCUGCGGAUCACCUCCCACAUCGGGAUCGGCCUCCUCAUUGGCCUGCUCUACCUGGGCAUCGGGAAUGAAGCCAAGAAGGUGUUGAGCAACUCUGGCUUCCUCUUCUUCUCCAUGCUCUUUCUCAUGUUUGCCGCCCUCAUGCCCACCGUUCUGACCUUUCCCCUGGAGAUGGGCGUCUUCCUUCGGGAACACCUGAACUACUGGUACAGCCUGAAGGCCUACUACCUGGCCAAGACCAUGGCCGACGUCCCCUUCCAGGUCAUGUUCCCCGUGGCCUACUGCAGCAUCGUGUACUGGAUGACCUCGCAGCCGUCGGACGCUGUGCGCUUCGUCCUCUUUGCUGCCCUGGGCACCAUGACCUCCCUCGUGGCUCAGUCUCUAGGCCUGCUGAUCGGAGCGGCCUCCACGUCCCUGCAGGUGGCGACGUUCGUGGGUCCUGUGACGGCCAUCCCAGUCCUCCUGUUCUCAGGGUUCUUCGUCAGCUUCGACACCAUCCCGACGUACCUGCAGUGGAUGUCCUACAUCUCCUACGUCAGGUAUGGCUUCGAGGGCGUCAUCCUCUCCAUCUACGGGCUGGACCGAGAGGACCUGCACUGCGACAUCGACGAGACCUGCCACUUCCAGAAGUCGGAGGCCAUCUUGCGCGAGCUGGACGUGGAGAACGCCAAGCUGUACCUGGACUUCAUCGUCCUUGGGGUUUUCUUCAUCUCCCUGCGCCUCAUCGCCUAUUUUGUCCUGCGGUACAAGAUCCAGGCAGAGAGGUAAAAGCCCCGGAUGGCUGCAAGGAGCAAACGAGACAUGUGGCCAAGGGCCCUGAGUCGCCGCGCGGCCUGCGCCCGAGACGAGACUGGAGACCAUGCGGGCUGGAGGGCUCUGAGAUUGCUCCUCCGCCCGGCUGGGUCGGUUCUUCUCUCCAUCACCUUUUCUAGCUGUAACUAGGAAGAUGUAGAAAGGUUUGUUUUUUACACACAGGAUUUAAAACCGCCACAGCUGGUGACGAGGGGCUCCCGUGGAAAGGCUCUUCCUGAGGCCCGGUGACGCUUGUCCUCCCUGAAGGUUGCCUGGGAGCUGGAUGUCCUGGGGCAGGAAGUGCGAGGGCAGGACCCCACAUUAGGACUGCGGUUUCUAAGGUCAUCUUCCUGAGGUUUAUCUCUUCUCCAUCAGAGUCACUUUUCCAGCCAAAAGUUGAUAAAUUGCAUUCAUUUUAAGAAACUGUAUCUUUUUAGCACUUGCUGAGGACUUACCCAGGGUAAAUUCCACGCUCUGUGUAGAGGUACCGGGGUUCAGCCUGAUGCCAGAGUGGGUCGGCUGCAGGGGGAGCCCGUGAAAGGUGCAGGUGCCACUGCAGGAGGAGUGGCUCCACACCACCCCACUCCCCAGGCAGCACUGCCCAGCUGACCACAGCUGUAGGACCAGGUGGCCACCUCUUGCAAGCCCUUUUCAUUCCCAUGUGCUUCUUAUUUUAAGCAGACUAGAUCGUUUCUUCCUAACUUUCUGACCACCUUCAUUUUUCCUAAAAAAGAAAAAAAUAUUGUGUAGAAGAUAACCCCUGUUGAUUUCUAAAGAGGUCUCCUCCUGGUUCCUCUCCCACACCAUCUACCUCCGCAGAACCUGGGAGGCUGAGCUUAGGGCAGUUGCAGCUGUGGCCUGGGGAGAUGAGUCAGCUGGAGCAGCUGGUGAGGGGAGCAGCUGGACCAGAGGGGGCGGUGCCGUGAGACCCUUCUUUUUCCAGAACAUCUGUGCUAGAGCCCUCUCCUGUGAAGGCUGUGUUUUGCGUGGGCAGGUCGCUAACCUCUCUGAGCCAGUGUCCUCGCCUGUAAAUAAUUGCACCAGACCAUGCGCCAGGUCCCUUCCAGCUCCAGAAGGUUCUGAGGUCCCUCACUCGUGGCCCCAAAGCUUUCGUUCCCUGCUGGUAGAGAAUGGAACGUGUCUGGAUUUUACUUCCACGUGCAUCUGGUUGGAAAAUGCUUAGAGAGUCUUUUUAUUUUUUUCACUCCUUGAUCUUUUUUAGUAAAUCCAAUUGAAAUGCAAGUAAAGUGUAGUUUUAAGUUUGCUUGUUCUAUACAGAUAUGGCCUUCUAGAUUCAGUUUGUAACCAGGGUCAAACUUUGCCUUUAUAAAAGUCUUCAUUUGAUUUCAAGUGUGAGACGUUGCACACAGGUGAGGCCUGGGAAUGGAGCUGGAAAAGCGAAAGCCCUGUGUAGAGCCUCAGAGACCCCCAGGCGGGGCCAGCCCAGAAGCCCCCACCCCCACCCCCACCCCCGGCGCUCAUGGAGCCUUCCUGCAAGGGGCAGCGCCAUAGGGCCACAGGACAUGUGCUCCAAAGACAGCUCCCUUCUUGCAGAGCCUGAGACUGCAGUGCCACACCUCGGCAAGUUCAGAAGGGAUCCUGAGGUUCCUCUAGAUUUAGAAUCUGUUUCCCAAGAGCACCAAAGCCCUCUGAAGGGAUUCUGCUUCCCCAUUUCCAAUUUCCACUGUGACAGAUUAUUUUUCCCUUAAUAAAUAAGGAUCUGAUUGGGGUCCUUCCAAGGGACAGAUCUCUGGGACAGAUCUCGGGCUGUCCGCAGCUGGAAGGGAAGGCACAUGCCAACUGUGACAGGGUUAUUUUAAAGGCACCCAUCCCUCAGCACAGUGUUGCUGGCCCCUUCCCUGCAGUCCUGAGAGGGCAGCCAGGCAGGCCAGAGGCCUUCCACCCCCUCCCGGUGCCCCCUCCCGGUGCCCUCCCUCUCCCAGGGUGGCUGUGUAUCUACAGACAUACGCGCACCAGGAACGUGCUGGUGUGCAGACCUGCUCCAGGUGCGUGUCCGGUACUGUGGGUCUCCCUGUCACCCUGCUGACCUUGUGUUCCCGGAUGCUUUGUGAAUACCUGCCCCCGUGAGCUAGGUAGGACAGCAACCAAGCAGCCAGCUGUGUUUCUAAAUCAUGGCGGUCAAGCUGCAUGACAGCGCUCGUUCCUGUGCCGGGAUGUGACCCAGACAGCGCCCCGCGUCUGAUGCCUUUGGUGACUUCUGGCUGUAACAUCCCUCCCCUGCUCCCCACCUCGUCUGAGAGUCCACAGCCCCCACUUCUCCACUUCUACUCUGCUGGACAUCAGCAGACAGUUAAGCCCCUCUCAAGUUCCUUUGAGUGGGCAGGCCUGUCCCCAGGGAGGGGAGCAGCCCUGGAGCACCUGACAGAGCUGGGGCUCGAAUAUGACCCCGCCACCUGGGGGCACCUUCAGGACCAGGGCAGCCACCAUGAGGGUUUUAGGUGAAAACUCAUGUCGAGCCCACAGAGGGUCGUUUUCCCCACUGGAGGUCAGGCGUGGUCAGUGUCCACGAGGUAGCAGCCACCUUCGUGGGUGUCAGAGGGCAGAGCCCAGGGUGCCAUGUGCUGAGCCAGCCGCCCUGCGGGCCCCUCUGUUCCUUUGCUCCUGCAUCAAAUCUCCCCUGAUCCAGCCACGGCCUGGUGCUGUCCUGGGCCCGGCCGAGGGAGCUCCAGGCCACCCCUGGCUGUGCCUGGAGGCUCCGCCCCCUUGCAGGUGAGGAAAGCUGAGGCUGGAGAGGCCAGGCUGUGCUGCGGCCCCGGAGCUAGGAAGAGCAGAGGGGGCUGGAACCUCGGGCCGACCCCAUGUCCCUGCUUUUUACUUUGCUCUGCUGCCUCCUGUUCGUCACAUGCAAAUGUACCGGAGUCGCUUCGGCAAGUAUAAGUGCAACAGUACAUCAGCAGAUACUCGGUCAGUUACGCGUCUUGCCAAGCAGAUGGCUGAGGUGAGGGAGGUCUGCCUCUCUCUCCUUUGAGGGCCUUAUAUCCAGUGCCAUUUGGGCGUUGCUGGCCGGCCUGGGGCUGCUGUCAGCUUGUCUCAGUGGAGAGGGACCACCCUGCCCUUGCCUGGUCCCAGCACAGCCCCCCUGCAGGGACUGGGGCUCGACGGGGCUGAUGUGGCUGUGUGUGUCUACAGACAUCCGUGCACAUGUGUGCACGGGAACGUGCUGGCGUGCAGACCUGCUCCAGGUGCGUGUCUGCUAGUGUUAUUCUGUGGCAUUCUUCAUCUCAGUAGCAAGGUGGUCUCUGAGCCCUCACUGCCUUCACCCCAAAAGGAAAGAGAGCUUUCUCUCCUCUCGUGCCUGCUGCAGAUGGGGAGAGUGUGGUCCUGACCUGCCAAGGCUUCUGUCUGACGCCAGCUAAGUCGGGACAAGACGUCAAACAAAACCCAGUGGGCAGAGGGAGGUGUAGAGUGUAUGAAGAGAAAGUCAGAUAAUUUUAAGGAAUAAAGACUGCUAAUAAAAUAUUUUGUAUAAAACUUU